UAUUUUAUUAGACCACCUAGCGUGAGUAGGUCAGGUACUGUGAGAAUUUAGCUACUGCUGGGACGUCACUACUAUUGCGAGCUACAGCACCAACGGCAGUCACUGUCCAGAAACCAGGACGUCAUUGGAUUUUUAUUCGGAUUUUAUGUGCAAUAUGACAUUUGAGGAGCUAAGUGGGGAGCACUCUGCAGAAAGAAUGGAUUCAGUGGCAAAAGCAUUGGAAGAAGUUCUCAGUUCUGCAUUACCGCAAGGAUGUAUUACUGUUGGAGUUUACGAAGCGGCAAAAUCGCUGAACGUAGAUCCGGAUAACGUGGUAUUAUGCCUGUUGGCUACAGACGAAGAGGAUGUCAAGGACGUAGCUCUCCAAAUCCAUUUUACUCUGAUCCAGGCGUUCUGCUGUGAGAAUGACAUCAGCAUCCUGCGUGUGAACAACAUGAGACGUCUGGCAGAGAUCCUUGGGGGAGUAAAACAGGGUGGGGAGCCGAUGGAUCUACACUGCGUUUUAGUCACGAACCCACAGUCAUCCACAUGGAAAGAUCCAGCUUUGAGCAAAGUGAACGGGUUCUGCAGAGACAGCCGCUGUUUGGACCAGUGGGUGCCGGUUAUUAACCUUCCCGAGCGAUGAAAGCGGAGAGCGUGGAUUUCUUCACUUUCUUUAACCUUUCAAGAAAUUGCACUGGAUCUGUGUAAUGCUCUGGUGGACCCCUCAGGAGAGAAAUCCACUUUUCUGAAAGAUAACUGGAAAAAUAAAUACAUGAAAGAACGGACUUCAAAGUUCCAGCUGUCUCGAUAGGCAAUGGGGGGUGGAUUUCGGCCCAGCUGAAUGACUUGCACUCUUGGCCAAACUCGGUACAGUCGUGGUGAUUCAGGAUUGUGAACCACUGGAUGACCAGAGCAUGAAAAUGCUGUAAGACUGUAUUGGAAAAGAGACAUUGUAUAGGCAACAUAUCAUGCAAGGGAAUGCCAGCCCACGUUGAGCGUAAGUUGGGCACAGAUCAGCUCAGGAGUGCACAAGAAGAGAGCCUCAAAGGUGGUUUAAGAUUUGGGGAGAGUUUGCAGAAACACAUUGUAGGAAUCCCGGAGUUUCUUUCUGCAACUUUUAUUACUUUCCGUUGACACUGUUGAAAUUUUUUUAAUCAUAAUUAUUUAAAAAGGGAAGGGCAAGAAAGCAACAAGCAAUGCAUUUGGUGUUUAUGAUAUCAAACGGUCUGUGUGUUCUCUUUGUCAUUAAGUUAUUUUGUAUUGUACUAACUUAAUUGUAUUUAUGUUGCAAUAUUUUUAAAACCUGUAAAUGUACGUAAUAAAAUGUUUGAACGAAA